AUGCAGGCACAUCUCCUACAGAAAAUCAACAAUGCUGCCUUGCCAACUUGGAGAACCCUCUCCCAUCGCCGUCUUCAAGCCCACCCAUCGCCCCUCUCGCCCACCAACACCCUCCUCGCCGCCCCCCUCCCCACAUGGCUGCAAGAUCCUGUGAUACCGCGCCUACUGUCCCUGCCUGUCGAUUUAAUCGACAGCAUUUUCCAUAAUUCUCCACACGGCACACCAAAUCAUUGCUUGAUCAAUGAGUAUUUGCCCGGUCAAGGUAUCCACGCCCACGAGGAUGGCGACGCCUACUACCCUGUUGUAGCAACUGUGAGCUUGGCGUCGCAUAUUAUUCUGGAUAUCAAGGCGAAGAAGAACAAUACAAUGGGCGAAAAGUCGCAGGAUAUGCCACGCUGGAGGGUAUUGCAAGAGCCAAGAAGUCUACUGAUUACGACUGGGGAGCUCUACACGGACUGUUUGCACGGUAUCAGCGAGGUGAAGAUUGACGAGGUUCUGGGCGAGAGCAGCAUUGCCAACUGGAAUUUGUUGGGAGACAGGACGCCUUUUGCAGGAGGUCAGGCGGCUAGGGAGCCGAGGGUUAGUUUGACUUUCAGGGAUGUGAUACGGGUUAAGAAGCUUGGGAAAGCUUUCGGCAUUCUAAAAAGGUGA